UGUCAAAGACUGGAGGCUUCCCCACCUGGGCGUCUCCAUUAUUCUCUCCAUUGCCCCGACAAAGUUGGAGAGCCCAAUUCUUCCCUUGCUACAUGCACAACGCAAAGCACCCCUCAACACAUAGGCUCCAUUGAUUGAGUUGGGCGCCUACAGUAUCUAGCUUUCUUGGUUGCACUCGACGAACCGACGCCGUUUUUCAGCCACAUAUCACACCAACUCACUUCUCCCCCAAACCCUCGACCGAUCUCCAACGCACCUCAACGCCAACGAACGCAAGCAGCAAUGACCCACCGUACAGCAUACGACCCGCCACCACCACACUCCCCCGGUAACAUCCCCAUCCCGGCCUUCUUCUCGGUGCACACGUUAAAGGCCUACGGCCUGUCCCUCGCAAAUCAGGACAAACGCGUCUCCUUCGUCGUUCUGUUCGUGACGGUGUUACUUGGCUACCUCGCUACAGUCGCCGUCUUCAACAUCCUGAGGGGAACGCUUAUGGCUGCGUGGAGGGGGAUCAAGAUUGCGCUGAUUGUUACUGGAGCGCUGUACGUGUUUAUUCAGUACGAGAGUUGGAAAGGCGCGGGAACGGCGGCCAGGACGACGUACGGUGGAACGGCAAGAUAGAGCGAGACGUGGAUUCGGAUGGCGAACACACCGCAUCUCCACCGCCCCGAGCGGCUGAACCUUUCGUCUGAGAGAAUUCCGAAGCAUCGAAGCCCAUGGGCGCUCCGUGAACAUUCGCGAAACAUCGUAGACAGCCUAUCCUGCCCGCAUGCUUUGGAUAUGGCAAGCUGUGGGAUACUUCAAAAGCUGGAAGGCACGUCGGCCGGCUGCACGGAACAGGUCUCUGAUCGCUUUCAAAUAACCACCUCAGAAUCAGUACAUCUGCCAGGCUGAGCUCGAUAAUAAUCCGAUUACAUGGAGGGACCGCAUUAGACCGUGUAGAGAUCCCGUGUUGGUUAUACCGGCGGGAUGUAGUUUUUUGGAAGGCUCUUUCUUGAUCAGGGCCGAUCAAUUCUUAUAAUUUAUGAAUAUAUAAUGUACA